AUGUCGGACUUGCGCCAACGCCACGUCGCUUCGAACCAAGGCCAUGACAGACACGCAGGGGCCCCCACACCACGACGUCGAGGGUCGUCUUCCGCCUCGAGUGCCUCGAGUGCCUCGAGCAAAAGCGAGCGCGACAAUGACCAGGACCCGGCGAUCAGCGUGCUGGACCUCAUCCGCGUAGCCCUGGCGCUGGUGGUGGCCUCGUGCGGACUGUCCUACUACAUGACCUCCGGCGAGUCAAUGCUCUGGGGGUAUCGGCCGUGGUACACCCGGUGGCCCGUGGUGCGCGGUCCUCUAUCCCUAACACCCCCCGAACUCUCCCUAUACAACGGUUCCGACCGCACCCUGCCCAUCUACCUCGCCGUCAACGGGACCGUCUUCGACGUCUCGUCCAGUCCAGUCGUCUACGGCCCUGGCGGGAGCUACAGUUUCUUCGCCGGGCGGGACGCCACGCGCGCGUUUGUGACGGGCUGCUUUAAAGAGGAUCUGACGCCUGAUCUGCGCGGCGUGGAGGAGAUGUUCCUGCCUGUUGACGACGUCGAGGAGGAGUUGUCUUCUGCGCAGAGGAAGAUCCGUCGCGAGAAGGAACUCCGUGAUGCGAGAGGUAGUGUUGAGAAGACUGUGCAGAGGUGGGACGGGUUCUUUCGGAACCAUAAGAAGUACUUCCCCGUUGGAAGGGUGGUGUUUGAUACGGAGGAGGCAGAGGGGGAGACGACUAGGACGCUGUGUGAGAGUGCACAGAAGCAGAGGCCGAAACGGAGUCAGAUGGAUAAGAACAAGAACAAGAACAAGGGAAGCUCAUAG